GACUUUAUUUGCAAUUUAUAUUCUGCAGUUAAAAUUCUUUGUUCGAUCAAUUGUAAUUGUUUUGUCUCGAAAUUAAAUUCACAUCAAUUCCAAGAAAAUUCGUGAAAAUGUUCAGUUCUUUACGAAAUGUUUCGUGCUCUGGCCAUUGUUUGAGUAAAAUGGGAUAUGUUUGUGCUGACAAAGGACUUGCGAUUUCUUGCUUUAAAUUGCCAUCUUUACGCACCUAUACGACCGUCGUUGAGCCGGUACCUUUACCCGUUAACGUCGAUGCCGCAGAAAGUACCCGUUUUUCGCCGCAUCGUAGUCGAGAAAUAUCAGCUAUACUAACAUUAACCCAACAACAUCUUGAGAUAACCCAAUCUGGCAUUGAUAUAACGACUGACAAUUCACAAAGUAAUGAAAAUUUCAUUGUGGAAGAUCCUCAUGUUAAAUCAUAUGACUGCUUUGGUCCAAUUAGUCUUUGUUCGGUCAUGCAAAGCAAUGUGCCGAUACCGUUUAGUGGUAUGCAGAAAUAUUCACAUUUAAAUAUGCCGGGCGGCCAGUGGUCACAGGAAUGCAAAAUAACUUCGCAAAACCUGCAAAGCUCACACUAUGCGGCUUUGCGGAACAAUACGCGCGCCAAUUGGUUUAACUAUGAAGCAAACUGCGCUGGUAUUUUGAAAAAUACGGUUUCUAGAUAUACCACUGAAUAUAAAUGUAAAGUUUCAGUUUUCUCUCUCGGGAAUAUCGUUAAUACCGAUCAUAACUUACUAUUUUAUACAAACUAAGGGUAAAUAUAUCUUAUCUUAUAAAUAUAUAUUAUCUAUUGCCUCAGUAAAUAAGUAAUGUACGUAAUUCGAUUUACAAAAUGUCAAACUGUUUUCAUUAAUAACUUCGAGAUUUCGAAUUCAGAAUAGUUUGAUUAUUUCUACCGCAAUCUAAAACAUAUUAACUUUUUCAGGGUAACGCCCUUUCUCUCAGUAAAAAAAGAGUUGCUUAGUCAUGAUUUCAAAUCCAAAUAAUCAAAUUUCAUAACCCAUGAAUUUAACAAACAAUUCGGGACCAUUUUGAUUUCGUUCUGCGAAACGUUGAUCAAAAUCAAGACCAAAUAAAAAAUAUAUAAUAUAUAAA